AUGGAGGAUAUACAUUUUGAAAAAAUAAGUGAUGAACAGAGGGAGGAAAUGGAAACACAAAUCACUGAAGCAGAAGUCGUGGUGGCUAUUAAACAGAUGGAAACUAAUAGAGCUCCGGGGACUGACGGCUUCCCUAUCGAGUUCUACACUCACUUCUGGGCUACUACAAAAGAUGACUUGAUGAGCAUGAUCAUAGACAGUAUUUUAUUAGCGAAUGAAUUCAUCGAUUCUAAAGUGAGGGAUGGAUCGAACGGAUGGUUGUUCAAAUUGGAUGUCGAGAAGGCAUAUGACAAAGUAAACUGGGGUUUCUUGGACACUAUCAUGAGCAAAAUGGGAAUGGGUCAGAAAUGGAGAAGAUGGAUCAAGACUUUAAUAUCGACAACUCACUUCUCUAUUUUCCUCAAUGGCACGCCUGGGAAUCAAUGCAACAGUUUUAGGGGGUUGCCACAGGGAGACCCUCUCUCUCCUUUUCUUUUUAUACUGUUCAUGGAGGGACUUUGCAAGAUGGUCCAAAAAUUAGAGGUCAAUGGGUUAUAUAAAGGAUUCACAGUCAAGGCCAAUGGUACACAACUAUCACAUCUUUUGUUUGCGGACGACACAAUCUUCUUCUCGAGUGAUGAUGCACAACAAAUUCUCAAUAUUAGGGCUCUCCUAAUUUGUUUUCAAAUAAGCUCAGGACUUAGUGUCAAUCCUAUAAAGAGUUCCGCAAUUAGGUUUGGAGAAACAAUUUUCGAUGAUGUUGUUGAAAAUAGCCUUCGAUGCAAUUUCGAGGAGUUACCUAUUAAAUAUCUAUGGAUGCCAGCAGGAGCCCAGUAUAGAAGCAAGAAUAUUUGGGAUUCAGUUGUAGAGAGGAUGGAAAAGAAACUUCGUGGGUGGCAGGGGAUGUUCUUGUCAUAUGGCGGUAGAUUAGUAUUGAUCAAAAGUGUUUUGAGCACACUUGCCAUUUAUCUCAUGUCAGUUUAUUCGAUGCCGACGUCAGUCGAGAAGAAGAUUAACAAGAUAAUGCGGAACUUUCUUUGGGGAAGGGAUGCCACCAAUAAGAAAUAUGAUUUAGUCUCAUGGGAUAAGGUGUGCAUGGACAAAGAAUUUGGAGGACUAGGCAUUCGAAAGCUGCAGAUAAUAAAUGACGCUUUACUGUGCAAAUGA